AAGAAAGAUGUGUACAAACCAAAAUCGGCUCGUUAUUUGAGUUCGGUUAUUCGGGUAUUUUUGCUUUUGGAUGUAGACGAAAAAAAAAGAAAAACCGGUUGUGAUUUUCCGUUUUUGUCUUCAACUCGAAAACAAAGAAGAUGGUAUUCCUGUAUUUUCGACUAAACUAUAAAGCAGGCAGGAUGUUCGCCGCACCUGUUCCACAUGAAGAGUAAACAGUGACAAUCACCGGCCGCCUGGCUGCUCCUCUCCGCGCACGCACGCGCACAGGCAGAGGGGAGCACUGUCCCUUUAAGACGGACACAACACAACAGCUCCACCAGAGCCGAGCGCAUCGAUCAUGCCGCGCGUUACCUUCUGAUCAAUUGGAGAACCCUGAGCUGCAGCACUAGUUUUGGCGCAGUCUCCACGGAGCCCUUUCCUCAGGGAGGGGGAAGGCUGCAGGUUUUCAACUUCCUACCCGCUGUUGCUUCAGGACAUCCCGUACAGCGGCCAGGCAGCGCCCCCUCAUAUCACCCCAGAGUGCUCCACUCGAGAGAUCGAUGACAAUGGAAGACAAACGCAAGAAGCGGAGCCCAAAGGUGUCUCUGCCCCAGCCCCCUCCUCCCCCCAUCAACCCACGGAAAAUCUCCAUCCUGACCGCCAGCAAAAGUGCCACCUUUUCUCUCGGCCUGCCGCAGCCCCCCUCCCCAAAGAACCGAGGAAAGUUUAAGAGGUCCAUCGGAGCGGCGGGACAGCCCAAAGAGGUGUUCACGGCUGUCGCCCCUCCACCGAAGAUCACCAGGCCCCACAAGGAGAAGCCCAGGGCCCCCCAGCCUGCAGGGGCCAGUCGAGUAGUCCAGUCUUCCCCCCUGCAGCACUCGUUUCUCACGGAUGUCUCGGACGUGAGAGAGAUGGAGGGAGGCCUCCUCAACCUCCUCAAUGAUUUCCACUCGGGCAAACUACAGGCUUUCGGGAAGGUGUGCUCCUUCGAGCAGCUGGAGCAUGUGCGGGAGAUGCAGGAGAAGCUGGCGCGACUGCACUUUAGCCUCGACAGCCACGUGGAGGAGCUCUCAGAGGACCAGAGGAAGUGUGCCUCCGACCACAACCUGGAGCACCUGCUAUGCAACCUGGAGGAGCUCAGCACCUCGAUGUAUCCUUUUCCUCAAAUGUUCAUUUAUGGGAAUCUCCCAGCACUCCAGGCACAGACACUGGUUUUAAAUAAUCCAUUUUCACUCCAGGGUUUUGUCCGUGUGAAUCCUUAAUGUGCUCAGACAAAAGCUCCACUUGGCUGAGAACCAGGACCUGCCCAAGACAUCUGCGCCCUGAUGAAGUGAGGUGGGGAGGACGGCCACUACACACUCGUCUUCUCCCAACACCGAACCAGUCCGGGUUACCAUGGCGUUGAUCCCGCUGCCUUAGUGACAGAACGGACAGAUCCACAGGAGGAGGAGCCAUUUGUAUUUAUUUUUUUCCAUUUGGUUGGCGGAGUAGAGGGAACAAUAGAGCGACUCAAGGCAGCAGAGCAUGAAAUGAACACUCAACCAAAACCAUAAUCCCUUCACUUAUGGCACAAUAAAUGUGCAGAGGCGUUACUAAGCAGUUGUGUUUGAUGAAAUAUGUAGCGUCCAUGUUUUUAGCACGUUCUUCGCACAUAACUCGGCUGCAGUUACUCGUUAGGUCAUUCUGAACAAAGUAUUGAAUCCAAGUGUAAGCUUUGGUUCUGUCGGUCACUAAAGCAAAGUUCAUGACACUUUCAACAAGUUAGAUUCCACAGUAUGCCUUAUCUUUUGCUUCGUUUCAGAAGGUACACCUCUGUUCGCAAAGUUAAGACCGUUUAGCACUCGUCGACAGCACCACUGUGGUGAGCUCAGAAGUUUUCACUCUUCUUCUGAAUGCACUCCCUUUUUUUUAUAGCUCUGCUUUUAAAGUUUAAUACUGGGAAAGAGACUGGAUUUAUUAGGAGUUCGUUGAAUCUUUGAUACAUUUUAAAGGGUCUAUGUGAAAAGAUACAAAAUGUAUGUCUGAUGCUUGUAAAAUGAUUUAUAUUAUUUGCCGAUGUGCGAUCCAGCGAUUGCAUCUGUUGACACUUUUUGUGUGUACUUCAUCAGGGUUGCCCUUCUACUGAAACGCUCUAAAAUGACAUGUCAUUUGUCUGAUACUGGGUGGUUGGAUAUCAUAUUCAAAGAGUUUUGUGUCUGGAAGAAGUCUCUGUACAGUACAAAUUCAUCAUGGCAGCUACUUUUAUAAUUAAAACGUUUAGGGGGUGA